AUGGCAGAAGAGGAAGAGAGGCUGAUGGGACACCGGUUGAAGGAAGAUGAGGAAAAGAUGAAUGAGCCUAGGGAGGAACCUCACUUGAAUGACCUCCAGUUCACUAAACUCGACGAGCUUCUAACACAAACACAACUUUACUCAGAGUUUCUGCUGGUGAAAAUGGACACCAUCACAACGUAUGCAGACCCGUUCUUAAAUACUGAUGCAGGGACAAUGUCGCAUUUUGAGCAUGGAGAAAUAUACAUUUUGGAUGACGGAGGAGAGGUUGUACCUCACAUUAUCGAUUGCAUUCAAUGUGUGGCCCAUAUACUGGUGGAUGUAAAAAAGGGUCCAUCUGAUGUUUGUGUUCUCGCUACACCGACUGAUAUGGUGGUCGUGCCUUGCGAUACCUUAGCACCUGUACCUGAGGAUCCUACAGUGACUCAAAAAGCUGUUGGGCAAACUUGUGGUGUUAAAACUUAA